UGCAUUCGCGUCCCACGCAAAGCUCGACAAAAAGAAUUGAAACCCCAGCAACAAACAACAUCGCGGCUCCCCGUCCACAAGACCCCAUCACCACCACAAUCUGCCCUCUCGAGGCUGGCCCUUUGACCGACAAUUUGGACUGGGGAUACUGCUUCUUACCUAUACAUCCCGCCAGUUCCUACGCCUCUCUCCCCCUCCCUCCCUCCCCUCCUUAGCGGCUUUCUGCUGGCCCUCCGUCCUUCACCAUGUCUUCCCUCUUUGAUGCCGUUCUGCAGUCCGAACUGGGCUCCACGACGGGCAACCAACGCCUUCAUUCCGACCAGAUUCCCAGCUCACGACCACAGCCACCUUCGGAAAGCAAUGGCCCCAUGAGUGAUAUGCAUGCCUUCCCCGAUGACCAAGUCGCCGACUCCAAUGCCUCCACCGUUAGCCGACUCCGCAAUCCCUAUCUGCCCGGGCCACCCCCGGUGACCGAUGUGGCGGGGGAGAAAGUGCAGCAGGCCUUCGCCGAACUGCUCGAAACCUACCAGGAAGAGACGCCCUCGUCGGCACAGGCCCCGCCGUCGUCACAGGUCUUGAGUGACAAAUACUACAUCGCUCAAAUCAUGGGCAUGGCAAAAUGGGAACUCUCUACACUUUAUGUCGAUUUCACCCACCUCACUUCCAUGAGCAAUCCCAUUCUGGCCGAUGCGAUUUCCAACCAAUACUACCGAUUCCAGCCCUUUUUGACCAAAGCCCUUCACGACCUCAUCGCCAAGUACGAGCCGGAAUACUUUGCCUCCCACCGUCAAGCGACCGCCGCAGGUAGUGUCUCCUCCCAAGCCGGCACGUCGAUGAUCGCCGGCAACUCGAGCGUCUCCGAUAACCCGGAAUUGGAGCGCAAUAUCCGUGAGAAGACUCGACACCAACAGACCGAUAAGCUGUUCUCGUUGGCUUUCUAUAACCUGCCCCUUGUGUCCAGACUGCGCCAACUUCGCACCUCGCAGAUCGGAAAGCUGGUCUCCGUCUCGGGUACCGUCACGCGGACGUCCGAAAUCCGACCGGAGCUGUCCCUCGGAACCUUCAUUUGCGAAGAGUGCAAGGCCGUCGUCACCAAUGUCGAACAAACCUUCCGUUACACUGAGCCUUCACAAUGUCCCAACAACACCUGCGGUAACCGCUCCGGGUGGCGGUUGGAUAUCGGCAAGAGUACCUUCGUGGAUUGGCAGAAGGUGAAACUACAGGAGUCGUCUCACGAAAUCCCCACGGGCAGCAUGCCGCGGACGAUGGAUGUCAUUCUUCGUGGUGAGAUGGUUGAUCGCGCCAAGGCGGGUGAACGUUGUAUCUUCACCGGUACGUUGAUCGUGGUGCCGGAUGUCAGUCAACUAGGACUUCCUGGUGUCCGGCCAGAGGCAGUUCGGGACGACGGUGCCUUCCGGGGCAGUGAUAUUGGCGGUGGAGGUGUGACCGGACUGAAGGCUCUCGGUAUCAAAGACUUGACUUACCGACUGGCCUUCCUUUCUUGCAUGGUCACCCCCGACACAACAACCCCUGGGCAGCAGUCCAACCAGCAGCUGAAUGGCCAGUCGAACAAUAUCUUGGCGUCUCUGAACCAAAAUCGGGACCCCGAAUCCAACGAAGACCAGGCCCAGGAGGCUCUCCUCCAGAGCCUGACUCCGUACGAGGUUCAGGACUUGAAGAACCUUGUUCACUCCGAAUACAUCUACGCUCGUUUGAUCGACUCAAUCGCCCCCAUGAUCUACGGUCAUCGGCAGAUCAAGAAGGGAUUGCUGCUGCAGCUCAUCGGUGGUGUCGGCAAGUCCACAGAACAAGAGAGCCUUCAGCUUCGUGGUGACAUCAAUAUUUGCAUUGUUGGUGAUCCCUCAACGAGUAAGAGUCAGUUUUUGAAGUAUAUCUGCUCGUUGCACCCUCGCGCGGUCUACACCAGUGGUAAAGCUUCGUCUGCUGCCGGUUUGACCGCAUCCGUCGUCAAGGAUGCCGAGACGGGCGAGUUCACGAUUGAAGCUGGUGCUUUGAUGUUGGCUAAUGGAGGUGGUAUCUGCUGUAUCGACGAAUUCGACAAGAUGGACAUUGCCGACCAGGUCGCCAUUCACGAAGCCAUGGAACAACAGACGAUUUCCAUCGCCAAGGCAGGCAUUCAUACUACCCUCAACGCGCGCGCGUCGAUUCUCGCAGCCGCCAACCCCAUCGGCGGCCGGUACAACCCUAAGACGACGCUCCGCGGAAACCUUAACUUCAGUGCCCCCAUCAUGAGUCGAUUUGAUUUGUUCUUCGUCAUCCGGGAUGACCCCAACGAAACGGUGGAUCGCAACCUUGCUGAUCACAUCAUCAAUGUUCACAUGAACCGCGAUGAAGCCGUUCACCCCGAGCUCAGCACCGAGCAAUUACUGCGCUACAUUCGAUUUGCCCGUACCUUCCGGCCCGUCUUCACCGAGGAGGCCAAGGCGUAUCUCGUCGAGAAGUACAAGGAACUCCGUGCCAGCGAUGCCCAGGGUGGCAUGGGCCGCUCGUCAUACCGUAUCACGGUCCGACAGCUCGAGUCUCUGAUUCGUCUCUCAGAAGCGGUUGCCAAAGCCAACUGUGUGGAAGAGAUCAUCCCCAAAUUCGUCCGCGAGGCAUACGAUCUUCUUCGUCAGAGUAUUGUCACGGUCGAGAAGGAUGACGUCGAAGUCGACGAUGAUGAAGCCGCGGCCGCAGAUGGCGCUGCUGACGACGAAGACCACGAAAUGGGCGAUCGUGAUCGCGAAGGUGACAGCCCCAUGCGCGAGGAUGGCGAAGCACAGCCCAAGCGGGCCCGAACCAAGAUCACGUACGACAAGUACAUGAAGAUCCUGAACCUCAUGGUCCGUCGUGUGCGGGAUGACGAAGCCAACUCCGGCGAGGGUGUCGAGCAGGAGGAUCUUCUCCUUUGGUACCUGGAGCAAAUCGAGUCCGAGAUCGACACGGAGGACGAUUUGCAGAACGAACGGUCUUUGGCCGUGAAGGUUGUCAAGCGAAUGGUCAAGGAUAACAUCCUCAUGCCCAUUCGCGGACAAGGCCUGAUAGAUGCUGACGGCGACGUCCAGGAUGAGGAAUCUCAACGGACCGUCUACGUGAUGCAUCCCAACUGCGCCAUUGACGAGGCGUAAUUUCUCUUUCACGUUUUCGAUUUCGGACCAGGUUUACGUCAAUGAUUGCAUGGGUUUGAUAUAGGAGCCGGUGGUUAUGAGUGAUGAUAUCCAUCUGAUAUUAUUGAUAUUGAUAUUGAUAUUGAAUUCCACGUCUUCUUCCGUGGAUUAUGUGUUGUGUUAUAGACUGAGGUCUGGAGUGUAUAGGUUUAGAUAUCUAAUCUCACAUUGGUGGUAUAUUUA